GACAACUCACUCAUACAAACACGCAAGAGGCUGGGAGUAGCUGGGAGUAAAGUAGGGUCAGAUUCCCCACACUGCCAUCUAACCUUCAAAGCUAACUGCCACCUCUAUCUCCCUGUAGGUGCUGAACCUCUUCCUGGCCUUGCUGCUCAGCUCGUUCAGUGGAGACAACCUGUCCAGUGAUGACGACGGUGAGAUGAACAACCUCCAGAUCGCCAUUGGCAGGAUCAACUGGGGCAUCGACUGGGUGAAAGCCUUUGUCCGCCACAUGGUCCUGCAGCUACUGGGCAAAAAUGCCACCGGGGACAAGGAAGGGGGCGAGGGGAUCGAAGGAAACCCAGAAAAGGAGGCCUUUGCACUAAACCACUUAGACGCGUGCCAGGAUUCCAAGAUGGCCGACGAGAUGACCAACUGUGUGGACGGGUUUCAGGCAGAUGCCGAAAUGAGCCUCAAUGUGCCUAUCGCCCAGGGGGAGCCGGACUUUGAGAAUGAUGAUGAUGACAGUGGGUCUUUUAUAUCAGAUGAAGAAAAUGGACAUGGUGAUCACUUAAAGGUACAGUAUGAUGGCAAACUGAAGACAGUAAUUGUACUCUGCUUUGUCUAUAAACUAAUAAUUAUCAGUUAAUAAACUACUUAUAAACCCUUCAUAAAUCUUUUUAAGUAUACCAUGUAAAUUGUUACCUGGAUAUUUAAGCAAACAAGUACAAGAAUCAGGACAAAUCUCAGUUUUUUAAAGACAGCUUGUGGUCGUAGGACAUUCAUCCUAGAAUUACUUGGUGGUUCUCUUCAAUCCGAGUUCACAUUCCUACAUGAGUUAGAUUUCUCCUCUCUCUCCUAUCCUGAAGUUGUGGCUGGCAUUUUGUCUCAGUCACUCAGUUUCUCUCCUCCCUAUCCAUAGUUGUUGGGUGCAGUGGGUGAUGAGUCCUCGGUGUGCAGCACAGUAGACUAUGUACCUGAACCAGAGCCGGUGGAAGAGGAGGAAGAGGAGGAGCCAGAGCCAGAGGAACCAGAAGCUUGCUUCACUGAUGGUACACAGGAAAUACUGUCCCUUGCUUUAAUAGAUCUGGGUUGGGUUUCCUGAUUUUCAUGGUCUUUACAAUGUAUUGUUACUAAAUUACAAAAAUGUAUCAAGUGUUUGAUGUCUAAUUUACUUGUGGAAAUAUCUGUCAACUUUGUCCCAUAUCACACACAUUGGCACAUCAGCAUUCACAGAGAGAGAGUUACUAUAUUAUAUUUCAUGUAAGAUGGGAUCAAACAGUUUGGAGUCACGUCUUAAUAACAUCAGUAAAGUGAUUGCCGUGAUUCGUCACGUCUUUUAUUUGCUGGAUUGUCCAACUCACUCAUGAUGUGGCUAGACUGUAGGCUAUGCUACACAGACAGCACCUCAGGGGCAAGUGAAACAGUCCAAGUAAAGCAUACAAAAACACCAUGUUGACAUUUCUCUCUCUCUCUUCAGGCUGUAUUGCGCGAUGGCCGUGUCUGACAUUUGACGUCUCUCAGGGCAGAGGCAAGAAGUGGUGGAACCUCCGCAGGACCUGUUUCACCAUCGUGGAACACGACUACUUUGAGACCUUCAUAGUCUUCAUGAUCCUCCUAAGCAGUGGAGCUCUGGUGAGUGAGUCCCUGGUCAUUGACUUAUUUACAGUUGAUACUCCAUUACCGAGCUAUUCGACUUUUGUCCUGUUGACCUUGGAUAUUAUCAGAGCUGGCUCACCUGAAAAAUUAUUAUAUUCAGAAAGUGUUACUUCAUAGUUAUAUAUAUUUUUUAUUUCUGUUUAUAACAUUCUCUGGGAAGGCCACUAGUUAUAUUGAGAUCCAUUUUCUUUGGCUCACUUCUGAUAGGCUUUUGAGGAUAUUUACAUUGAGAGGCGAAGAACUAUCAAAAUCAUCCUGGAGUAUGCAGAUAAAGUCUUCACCUAUGUCUUUAUCAUUGAGAUGCUCUUAAAAUGGGUGGCGUACGGCUUCAAGACCUACUUCACCAACGCUUGGUGUUGGCUGGACUUCCUAAUUGUGGAUGUAAGUUUCCAUUGAAUUGUUUUUGGUGUGAUAUUUACACCGAAUGAAUAGUGGGUACAGCAAUGUUACAACUAUUAUCACUGUUGUGGGUGAGCUCAAUAAUACAUGUAUGUGAAAAUCAAGGAAGACAUUGACAUUUGUGUUACCUUGUAUUCUCCGCAAGUAAUUGAUAUUUGUCUUAUCCUGCUUGUCAGAAAAUACAAGAAAGACCUUACAUUUGUAAGAUUUUCUUCAUUCAUACAAGCAUAUAACGGGUUGUUGGGUGACUACAAUGAAGUUACAAUCCUGCCUCAGGUUUCCUUAGUCACUUUAGGAGCUAACUGGAUGGGCUACUCUGAACUUGGACCAAUCAAGUCUCUUAGAACACUCAGGGCUCUAAGGCCGCUUCGAGCCCUGUCAAGAUUUGAGGGAAUGAGGGUGAGCAACUGAUUCAAACCUAUCAGUACAUACACACUUAAAUAGCCACGCAGAUACAGAAAGACACAGAUCGACAGACACACCGACAGAAACGCUGAUACAGACAAUCCUAAACACAUACACACACUGACAGUGACACGUCUCUGACAGUGACGUGUUGUGACAGAGAUGACUGUGGUUAGCUAUGACUAUUGCAAUGGAGGUGAUGUAAGUGGUCAUGACUGACUAUUAUGAUGUAGGUGGCGUUAGUGGUCAUCACUGACUAUUGUGACGGAGGUGACUAUUGUGACAGAAGUGACUUUUUGUCAUGACUGACUAUUGUGACAGAGGUGAUGUUAGUGGUCAUGACCGACUAUUUUGACUGCAGAGAGCAUGACUUACUAUUGGAACAGUGGUGACUGCAGUGGUCAUGACUGACUACUGUGACAGAGGUGGCGUUAGUGGUCAUGACUGACUAUUUUGACUGCAGGGAGCAUGUCUUACUAUUGGGACGGAGGUGACUGCAGUUGUCAUAAAUUACUAUUGUAACAUAGGUGACUUUAGUGGUCUUGACUGCACUGUGUCCUAUCUAUGGGGGGGGGCAUGUGGUGGUGAAUGCUACAUCACUGAUUAUUGUGAGGGAAGUGGCAUAAGUGGCCAUGACUGACUAUUGUGACUGAAGUGACUUUAUUUUCAUGACUGACUAUUGUGACGGAGGUGAUGUUAGUGGUCAUGACUGACUAUUGUGACGAAGGUGGCUUUAACGGUCAUGACUGACUAUUUUGACUGCAGGGAGCAUGACUUACUAUUGGGGCGGCAACGACUGCAGUGGUCAUGACUGACUAUUGUAACGGAGGUGACUUUAGUGGUCUUGACUGCACUGUGUCCUGUCUAUGGGAGGAAGGUGGUGGUAAACGCUCUUGUCGGCGCCAUCCCCUCCAUCUUCAACGUGCUGCUGGUGUGCCUCAUCUUCUGGCUCAUCUUCAGCAUCAUGGGGGUCAACCUGUUUGCCGGAAAGUUCUACCGCUGCAUCAACACCACCACGGAGGAGCUGUUCCCCAUCACCGAGGUCAACAACAGGAGUGACUGCCUUGCCCUGCAGCACGCCACCCAGGAAGCCCGCUGGGUCAAUGUCAAGGUCAACUACGACAACGUGGGCUUGGGCUACCUCUCUCUGCUGCAAGUGGUGAGGCCCAGGGUUUCUGAGAUGCAUGGGUGUUGAGGGCUGGCUCUCAAGCUGUGGCCCAACCCUCCUCCUGGAGAGCUACCCUUCCUCCUUCAGGCUUUUGCUCCAACCCUACUCUAGCACACCUGAUUCUACUAAUUAGCUGCUCACCAGGAAAUCGAUUAACUGAAUCAAGUGCGUAACAACAGGUUUGGAGCAAAUGCCUGCAAACCCAGUAGCUCUGAAGGAGGAGACUUGGCCACCCCCUGGUCUACUACAGUUUUUAAUAUUGUUUCCUCCUCUGAGGGUGUUGGUGUACUCGAAAGUAUCUGAAAGAAGUGCCCUGUCUCUCUACAGGCCACAUUUAAAGGCUGGAUGGACAUCAUGUAUGCUGCAGUGGACUCUCGAGAGGUAGGUACUUAGAGAAAUAGAAGAUACUGUAAUAUAAACCUUUGGUUUGGGGAGCAGUUAUUACCACAGAAAACAAUGUCAUAACUUUAAUGAAUAAGCCAUUGAAACAUUUGUAUACAUUCUUUAUAAAUGAUCAUAAAUGUGAUUAAUGCUUGUGAAUUGUAAUGCUUAUCAUGCUUAAAAAUGAUUUUAUUAAAAGUGUAUAGUUAUACACAGUUAGUCAGAUAUUAUUAAUGCUUAUUCAGGAAAGUCAUUAUAAAGUGUUACUGGACACAUUGGUGGUAUUUGAAUUGUUGUAAGUAAUGAGGGUUUUUGUUUGACGAGCGAACCUAUUUUUGGUCCCCUAGGUGGAAGAGCAGCCCUCGUAUGAGAUCAACCUCUACAUGUACAUCUACUUUGUCAUCUUCAUCAUCUUCGGCUCCUUCUUCACCCUCAAUCUUUUCAUUGGUGUCAUUAUUGACAAUUUCAACCAGCAAAAGAAAAAGAUAAGUACCAGCUCUUUUCUUAAAACUAGUGAUUAA